AAAAAAGUUUUCCUUCCGCUUAAUCCCUAACUGGCAACUCAACUGAACCUGAAGGCUGGGCAAAAGUUGCACCGCACAUAUAUAUAGCGAGAAGGGAGCAGAGGCUUCAACACUCUCGUAAGAAACAAUCUUCGUUGAGGAUUAAGACACAACCGAAGAUGCGUCCCGCCUUCAGCAUCAGCUUUCUGGUCGUCGUGGUGGCCUUGGGUAUGGCCAGCGCCCUGCCCAAGCCAGACAGGAGAGACCAAGUAGCAGCGGGAGGAGGAGGAGCUGGAGGGAAUCCGAACCAGAGGUUCUUCCUGCCUAACCUCAUCGGAGCCGCUCAGGGAGCCGUCAACGGGUUCCUCAAUCCUUACGGCUACGGAGGAGGAUUCGGCGGCUACCCAGGAGGAUUUGGAGGUGGUUUCGGCGGCUACCCAGGAGGAUUUGGAGGCGGUUUCGGCGGCUACCCAGGAGGAUUUGGAGGCGGUUUCGGCGGCUACCCAGGAGGAUUUGGCGGCUACCCUGGCUACGGAUAUGGAGGAGGUUUCUAUGGUUGAUCGGGAUGCCCUCUGUCGUAACCUUUCAUUCAACAUCCAACUCCUGUUUCACCCAUUUCAGCCAUCUGUGUACACAUUACGCCACAAUUCCGCCGUUGUAUUUAUAAGUUAUUUAUCUGCCACGGCGAUGCAUUAGUGCGGUAUAGCUUUAAUGCAUUUGCUGUCACGUCGAACUUCAGUUUGUAGUUUUUCGACUGGUUACCAAUGUAGACUCCAAAGACGAUAAUAUAUCCCACGAUUCUUA